AUGGAGCUUAAGAACAAAGACUCCACCAAUUACAAAAGCGCAAACGAUGAUUGGCCUACCAAGAACUCAAAUGUACUUGCAGCCACCAAUCAAGAGUCACUAAUCGGUGAUGGACCCAGCUCCGACGAAUGGGAGAAUUUCACGGCUGAAAAUUACAUCCAAAGGCUGACAGCGCUAAUCAACGAAAGACAUCGGGUUAUCGGCCCCGAUUUGGAAAAUACCGACCAGGAUGAGCCAGAUCAAGAGGAUUUUCCCGCGAUGGGCUGGACCACUAUUGACCGACCUAUCAAUCCACUUGAUGAAGAGUACAGAACUCAGUGGGUGAGCCUUAGUCCCAACAAGGAGCAGCCCCACAAGAUUCCCAAGACACCUAGAUUUGAAUCCCCACAAGAUGACGAUGAAGCGAAUCAAUAUGCCGCAUGGCUAUGGGAGCCAGAUCGAGCACAGUUAGCAGAAUUAGAAGCACACUAA